CCAGGGCGGCCGCCAAGAUGGUGGUGGGCGCGUUCCCCAUGGCGAAGCUGUUCUACUUGGGCAUCCGGCAAGUUAGCAAGCCGCUGGCCAACCGCAUCAAGGAUGCCGCCCGCCGCAGCGAGUUCUUCAAAACCUACGUCUGCCUGCCUCCAGCCCAGCUGAGUCCUGUGAGACUGAACUCUUUGUACCACUGGGUGGAGAUGCGGACCAAAAUGCGCAUAAUGGGUUUCCGGGGCACAGCCAUCAAGCCGCUGAAUGAGGAGGCAGCAGCAGAGCUGGGUGCUGAGCUGCUGGGUGAGACCACCAUCUUCAUUGUGGGCGGAGGCUGCCUGGUCCUGGAGUACUGGCGCCACCAGACUAAGCAGCGCAAUAAGGAGGAGGAGCAGCGGGCAGCCUGGAAUGCACUGCAGGAUGAGGUGGGCCGCCUGGCACUGGCCCUAGAGGCACUGCAGGCUCACACACAAGCGAUGCCCUCCUUGAGUGCCCUGGAGGAGCUCGGGAAGAAGAGCUGCAGGAGGUGCGGACAGGUCUGCAAUGCCCACUGUACUCCCAAGUGCCAGGCAGCGCGUCUUCCAGGAAAUAACCAGCUGUUGGGGCCUGGACAUGUCUGUGCCAUGUGGCCCCCCCAUUAG